ACUUGGAAGCAGAUAACAUGGGAAUUAGCUCAAAUCAGGAAACCAGACACCUCAGCUUCAGUAUCAGUGGUAUCAAUGGAUGAGGAUGGAGCACAACAGCUCAUCCCCUGAUCAGGUUCGUGGAUGACAAUGCGUUUUUGUAUCUUUGGUCACGGCGUCCUGAAUUAAAUCAAACUGUUGCACCUCCUAACGCGCUACAACGGCUGGGGAGGAGAGCAGUGCCACUGGCUUCAUGAAACUUUCACAACAUCCUGUUCACAAACCAGGUUGAGUCGACACUGAAGCUCAGUUCAAAUUAAUGUCCGAUCCUGACUGGAUAUUGCCAUUAUCAUCAUAAGCAGCUGGAUGCCGUUUCAAGGAAUGAACGCACAAAGCAGAGGUGUUGUAGCGGAGAAAGUCAUAACCUCUGAAAAGAUUAUGUACGUGGUGGUGACCAGUCUUCAUACUGGAAGUCAGAGGUUGAUUUGGGGUAACAACACGUCUCUACUUCCUCCCAUUUUCCAGAAGUGAAACCGGGGGAAUGGAACUGAGGGAGGUGGUUACACUGAAAAUGAAGAAAUGCAUCCUCCUCUCCUUCCUCUGUGUUUUACUGCUGUGUCUUUACAACGGCUGGCUCAGAGGACUCAUCGGUCUGACUGCCAUAAAUCCAACCGCCACCUCUAACCGCGGCUGCAACAGCAGCAGAAAUGUAACCAUCUUGCUGUGGUACUGGCCCUUCGGCGUGUCCUAUAAUCUGGAAGGUGACGUGUGCUGGGACCUCUACCGCAUCCCUCGCUGCAGCCUGGUGGACAAGCGCUCCUUGUUCUCUUCGGCUGAUGUGGUGGUCUUCCACAACAGAGAGCUGAUCCAGGGACGCCAGGAACUGCCGUUAGCUCUUCCACGGCCACAGUGCCAGAGGUGGGCCUGGAUGUCCCUGGAGGCCCCUGUUCACAACGGAAACCUGCGGCCCUUUGCAGAUAUUUUCAACAUGACGAUAACCUACAGGAGGGAUUCUGAUGUCGCUGCACCGUAUGGCGAGCUGCUACCAAAGGAGACCGGAGGACAUCUGGUGGCAAACGACCUUCGGAAUAAGAGCUCUCUGGUCUGUUGGGCGGUCAGCAACUACCGGAUGGACCAUAAGAGAAGCCAAGUGUACAGAGAGCUCAACGCCGCCGUUUCUGUGAAGGUGUAUGGGAAAUGGACCAAGAAAAGACUCUCAUCCGCUAACCUCUUACUGACAAUCUCUCGCUGCUACUUCUAUUUGGCCUUUGAAAACUCAUUGUCGAAGGAUUAUAUCACGGAAAAGCUGUGGAAGAAUGCUUAUCAGGGUGGGGCAGUGCCCAUUGUCCUUGGACCUCCGCUGAGCGAUUACCAAGCUGUGGCCCCACCUAAUUCCUUCAUCCAUGUUGAUGAGUUUGCGUCGGUAAAAGAGUUAGGAAAGUAUCUACAAGAGUUGGCAAAGGACAAGAAACGCUACAAUGAAUACUUCACCUGGCAACGAGAGUGGAAGGUGAAACUGUACACAGACUGGAGAGAGAGACUCUGUAAGAUCUGUUUACAGUACAACAGUUUACCUCAGCACAAAGUGUACUCUGAUUUAAGUGCCUGGGCCCAUUCUGAUAAGAUCUGAGUUGGAGCAGUUGUGGCUCAUUAAUAAAUAAAUGAUAAAUGUUAUCCCAUUGGAAACUCAGGCAUCAUGAGUUUCUGCAGUAGAAUUAACAGUUUCUUUUUAAUGUUAUUUUUGAUGCAGUUGCCAUUCUUUUGCUGUGCUGCUUGAAUAAAUUAAAUAAAGGGGGGGGGCGGGGGGACUGGUGACUGGUGGAAUUAGUGCAUAGUUAAUUUUACAUUAAUCACGUCCCAGAUACUCUUAAAUUUUUCUAAACAUGUUGAGACAUUUCUCCAUUUAGCAAUAAUCUGUUGCAGAUAGUUUGCCUUGGUGAUUCAACCUGUGGUCAGAAGCAUCCAGUUUGCCUGAAUUAUCUUUAUCUCGACUGUUACUCAAGUCCACCACUGGCAAGAUGACUUUAGUGGUUACGAUUUAGAAAUUCACAGUGCUGUGUUCCAACAAGCCACCCCGCAUAUCAGGAUCACAACAUGCCAUAAAGUCCCUAUGGUGAACGUGGCAGCAGCUCACAACACAUGGGGCCUGAUAUUCAGCCCGGGAGGUCAGAGGACACACAUAACAUGCACACAAUUGGGGUUAUUCUUGCUUGAGCUGGUCUGCUGCUGAAAGUUAUAGUACAAUCAUCCAUUUAUUUAUGUUAACCAGACUUGUCACCGGCUCCUGGUGGCCAAGCAAUCACAUAUGGUCAACGGGGAUCUUUUGUGCCUCUUGAUCAGCCACUCUGCCCACGACUGGUCAGGAGUGAGUGAAGGGUGAUACAUUGCCUACAUCAGGAUGAAGAAGACUAACUUCAAAAAUAUAACUGAUAUGAAAAUGAAUGUUUUCUCAUAGCAGUCAUGGCAUACAAGGAAGUGACUAAUAAAAGAACAGAUAGUUACCACGCACCCAACCUGAAACUGGAGCCACAACUUUUUGCACGGCUGCAACUGCAUCAGAUAAGGGGACACACUUUGCUUAGCCGCAUUGUGUUAGUCUUUGAACAAUGUCAGACUGUCUUAUCAUACUUGUUAAACAUUUACUUCCUUUAUUUUGUCUCUCUUCUUACACUAAAAAAAAAAUGUAUCUCACCUUCUGAAAUAAAGUCUGACUGUAGGAAACAGAUCAAUAUCUUCAAAAAUUUAAAAAAUUAAAUUGAUCCUGUGUUCCGGACAUGCAUUGUAUCAAAUAAACCAGUCUUGUAAAUCCA